UCUUUUCUUUUUUGGUUGUGUGCAUCCUUGAUGUUUUCGGACAUCUUGCUGGUGCAGAGGUUAGGUGUAAUUAAUAUCUUCAUGAUAUUAAUAUAUUCCCUUUAUCGAAAAAUAUUUCAUGGAGAAAACAUCGUUCGUUUGAUCGUGACCAGACGGCUUUGAGGGCGUUUGUUGGAAGGCACAAAAGAUCUGACGUUCACCCAUUAUCAUUUUCUUAAAGCUGAUCAUUGACAACUUAGCUAUCUGCACUCCUCGGUUUAUAAAAACGAGUGAUAAGGAUACCGUAUCGCUUACCCGUGGUAACAAUAUCUAAUACAGUUUUGCUAAAGCACAUCUAGAUGUGCUAUAAGUAUUGCACAUCUAAGUCUUAUGUCAUUGAUCUUACGUUGAGAUUCGUGUGAAUUUUUUUUCUUUUUCUUUUUUUACUAGAUUCACUCACUUAGAUGUGCAAUAACGUAAUCCUCUUCGUAACCAGUCAUGUGACUGGUUACAACUUCCUACAAAAUCUCAAGUCACCAGUGCAUGCACACCCCCAAAGUUGGCAUCCAAAUUUGUCACCACCUUCGCUAUUUCUUCUCCUCUCCACCCAUCAUCACUACCGGACGGCCUUGCCCCAAGCCUGUACGUGCGUACCUCAGCAAUCAUGGCAUGUCUGAGGGCCACCACCGCCGCACUCCUUCUCACCCUUGCGUCGUCGGCCGCGGCCACCGCGACAAAGUUCAACAUUACCGAGGUCCUCAACGAAUCCCCCGAGUUCUUGACCUUCAACAGCCUUCUGUCGAAGACGAAUCUCGCUGAGGAAAUCAACAAGCGGCAGACCAUCACCGUUCUCGUGGUCGACAACUCCGCUGCCAGCGGCAUCAUGUCGCUGCCGACAGACACGCAGAAGAAGGUGCUCGCCGUGCACGUCAUCCUCGACUACUACGAUCCCAUGAAACUCGAAACCAUCGAGAAGGGGACGGCGCUCCUUACCUCGCUCUUCCAGACUACCGGCGCCGCCACCGACCGCAUGGGGUUCGUCAACUACACCCGGAGCGCGGACGACCAGAUGGUGUUUGGCUCAGCCGAGCCCGGGGCACCGCUCAGCUCGCAGCUGGUGAAGGUCGUUGCGUGCCGACCGUACAAUCUAUCCGUCAUGCAGGUCAGAGCAGCAAUCAUUCCACCGAGCAUCAGCUCGUCGGGCACGGGGAGUUCCGCGGCACCCGGUCCAGCCUACGGUUCAUCGUCCAACGUGAGUGUCCCGACCAUUACCGAGGCUGAGACACUUGAAUCGUCCGACGAGGCCAGUGCCCUAGACGAUGACGCUCCUGCAUCAUCGCCACCCGUGCAUAGCGCUGACGCGGCCGCAGGCGCGCACACUUCGGCGGGGAACACAGUGGUGGUCCGCACACGUGUUUGGCUCAUGGGGCUUGUGAUGUUGAUGGUUUAAAAUUCAACGCAGAAGCAACGACCGAUGUUUUAGCUUUACACGUCUAGUUUUUUUGCGGGGAUUUACACGUCUAGUUGUGUAAGAAGUACUUGUGUAUGUUGGCUUGUUAAUUCGUUCGAUGGAUGCCCUUGAUGUAAAUUAAACGACACUUUGUUUUCCUUUUUUUUCUCGGUCAACCAAGUUUUUUUUGCACCCAUCCCUACUGACAUUGACUUUUUCUUUAGAAGGAGCCAAGAAAACGCCUAAUCUAUUAUAUAUCUAUACCUCUAUACCUUUUUCCCUAAUCUUUAUCUUCUCUACUAAUAAAAAGGCUAUUGUUUCUUUCUCUUCACCGUCUUUUUUUAAAAAUAAAAAAUCCGGUCGUUUUGGACACUCCAGAUUUGCUUAUGCUCGUCCGUUUCUUCGUACGCUAUGUUGGACGUCGCUCAUAUGGGCCUAGCUGGGCUU